AUGGAGGAACACCAAAAAAUGUGUAAGUUACUUCUCGAAGGUGAUAGUUAUUUUAAAGGUAAAGAUGUCAAUACGAAGAAAAUUAACGAAAAAUCAACCAUCAAAAGUUAUUGCUAUAAUGAUGAUUGUAAAACAAAUGGAGAACGUAUUAAUGCUUUGGCCAUAUAUAUACAUAUGAAAUUCAAAAGGUCAAUAAAAGACCAUGAUUAUAAUAAGUAUGAUGAAUAUUUAUUGAUGUGGAUAAGUGAUAAAUUAUAUAAGAUACACAUCAAAAGCAAAGGCAAAGAUACUCCAAAAGGGUUUAUGGAUAAUUUUACUUUAAAGCAGGCUUAUGAAGAGUAUUUAAAGAAUGAUAAAGUAAAAUCGAAUUAUUGGGAUCUUUUAAAUAUGCAGCAGGGUUUGAAAGAAGCUUAUCUUAGGUAUAUGGCCGAAUUUUAUAAAUUACUUAAUAGAAUAUGUAAAACAAUUGUAUAUUAUGAAGAAAACAAAGCCAAAAGUAAGGAACUUUCUAAUUAUUCUAAAAAUUGCCUUAAUGAAUAUAGAAACCUUUAUAUAAACAUUUAUGAAUGCAAAUCAUAUCUUCAUUUAUUGAAUAAAUUAAAAGGUAUAUAUGAUGAUUUUAGAAAUUAUGCUAUUAAGGAAAAUCCUUCAAACAAUAAUUUAGAAACUAAUCUUAAAAAACUUACAACACCAAAUAGAGUAGAGAUGAACGCGAAGAGAAGUUUUAAACCAUAUAAAUUCAAUAAAAAAAUAUGUUAUUCCCAAAAAAAAAAUACAAAGCAAAAAAAAACGGACUCACCAGGACCCCAAGCAUCAAGUCAAGUAGUGGUCUCUGAAAAUAAAGGGAAUAUGAAGGGCACUACACAAACCAUGCAAAAAAAUGGAAGCGAUAUAUCAAAAGGUACAGAUGAUGGAACAGGAGAUCCAGGUAGUGUAUCAGGUGGGGGGCAAGAUAGUAAAGUAGGAGAUUCAGACAGUUGGAGAGAGGGUACAAGUGGUGAUGCAAGAAGUCCAAAUAGUGAAAACGAAAAAAAGAAUGGCGGAGCCAAAGAACCCGGCGAUCCAAGUGGUGGGAAAGGUAGUCAAGUAAAUGGAGAUGAUAGAGGAAAUAGUGAACCAGGUGGCGCAUAUACUGAAAAAGGUGGCUCAGAAGGUGGACCAGGUAGUGACAAAGGAGGAUCAGGAGGUUCGGAUGGUAAAGGUGCCAAAGAUAGUGAACCAGUGGGUUCAGGUAGUAAAGGAGGAGGUGCAGGCAACUCAGAUAAUAACCUACCACCAAAUAGUGAUAAAUCGCAACAAAGUGGAGAUUCGCCGCAACCUCCACCAAAAGAUCCACCUAGUCAGUUACCACCACCUUCACCACCAACUCCACCAUCAACGCCACCAUCAGGUCCGCCAAAAGGUCCAUCACCAAAUACACCACAACCAAAACAACCAGCUUCCCAAUCACAACCUACCACGCAGCAAAAUCCACAAGAUGAUCCAUCUAAUCAAAAAAAAUCUGACAAAACAAAUCUUCAAUUGGCAACAUCACCAAGUCCUGACCCCAAUUUGAAAAAAACAUGGAAUAUAAUUCCAACUACAUGGAAUGGAUCAGAGGAUUGUAAACCUAAAAUAAAUUUUAUGAGUGCCACAUUAGUGUGUUGCACAUCUAAGAAGUGUAGUUUAACUGGUGUUUCGGUUACACUUAUUUUAAUACCCAUUAUUUUAUUAAUUUUGUAUAAGUAUUUGUCACGUGAAUGGACAAAAAAAUCGGAAAAAAAAAACAUGAAAAGAGUUAUAAAAUUAGUUGAUGGAAAGAGAAAGACAAAAAUAAUUAUAAGUUCAUAUGAUAGGAACAAAGACCUAAAACCGAUUAUAAAUUCAGUUGGUAGAAAAAAAGAUCCAUUAUUAAAUAUAUACAAACUUAUGCAGUCUGAUCCUAUACCAUUUAUUAAUUUAUUUUUUUUAUUGAUUUUUUUUGUUUAUAAAAGAAAGCACAAUUUCAUAGAAUUAUAA